AUGUCUGCAAACAUAGCUGUAUUCAGAAUUUGGAGAGAAAGUAAUCCUAUGAUUACAUAUCUAUGGAAAUCGCAUGUGACUUUUCAAAUCCAAAAAACAAUUUGCGUUUCUACAAAAAACAGAUAUCAUUUUAGUAAUGUCACUCAGGCGGAAAAUAAAAUAACAGUAAAUCAGAAAACAGACUGGAAUAAAACAAUAUCAGAGGCAGAAAAGAUUGUUGGAUAUCCGACGCCUUUUUUAAAUUUAAGGUGGCUGUUGAGCGAUGAGAUUGCAAAUGUUGCAUUGCACUUAAGAAAGCUAGUUGGCACAACCCAUCCCUUACUAAAGACAGUCAAGAAUUUGUUUAUUUAUAAUGGACGUAACGCAUUUGGUCUUAUUGUGUUAUUAAUCUCUAAAGCUGCUGGCCAUUUAAAUGCAAAACCAAUAGAAGAAGAUAAAGCUGCAGGUGUAUUACACAGUCAAAGAGUAUUGGCCGAAGUUAUACAAAUGAUAUGCACUAGUAACUUGAUACACAAAAGUUUGGUAAAUAUAAAUACAAAUGAAUCUUUAGAAUCAUUGGAGUUGAACACUAUGUCUUUUGGCAAUAAAAUAGCAUUGUUAUGUGGUAUUUACUUGUUUGGCAAUAGCUGUAUUGAAUUGGCGGCUCUUAGAAAGCAGGAUCUUGUAUUCUUGAUAUCAAGUGCAGUAAGAGAUUUAUGUCAAGCAGAAUUUGUAGCACGCAGAGACAGUCAAAAUUUUCCCAUACCGUCAAUACCACCUAAAGAUUCUACAGGCUACGCACUGAAAGAAUGGACGCUCUUAAAUGUUUAUGGUGGUGGAUCAUUACUCGGUAAAAGUUGUCAAGAUACAUUAAAGCUAGCAGGACAUAAUGAGGAAAUACAGGAGAAUGGUUACAAAUUUGGCAAGCAUCUAGCUUUAGCUUGGCAGGCUUCCUUAGACUUAGGUUUAUGCCUUAGCAAUGAUAAAGAAAUCAUAUAUAAUUUAUGUGCUGCGCCAAUUAUGUUCCAUGUUGAACAUGAUCCAUCGAUUUUGAUCGAACUUGAUAAAGGUUUAGAAUCAGUUGAAAAAAUUGAUUAUUUAAAGUUGCUUGACAUCGUCACAGCUGGUCCAGGCAUUGGAUUAACCAAAGAGCUUGUGAAGGAACAUUCGCAAAAAGCGUUGGAAAUCUUGAAUGUUUUUAAAGAAAGUGAUGCUAAAACAGCAUUAUCUAAUAUUAUUGUUGCCAUAGGAGAUUUUUAA